GGGGCAAUGCACACCUCUAUUCGAUGGGAGAGUGGUUAUUGGCCCACAGUGGUUGGCAGUGUCUCUGUCUAUGCUGGUGUUACUACUCAUGUCAUUGAAGAUGGUAUUGCAUAUAUGCCCUCGCCUUGUGGAGUCUGUUGCGGAGCUUGGUGGAGCCGUACAUGUUACCAUGUUCUUCACCGGCCUUCUCGAUUACUUUUUAUUGCCGCUAUCGUGGAUAUUCUUCUUCCUAACGGCAUUUUCUGACCCUGGGAUCAUACCACGUAGCAAGCCUGAGGACCAUCCAGAAGAGUUCAUAGCAGAACUAAGGCCCCAGCAACUGGAUCAGCGAACUGGCAUGCCUCGACCUCGUUACCUGCUGUUGAAUGGCGUUGCGGUGAAGCAGAAGUGGUGUCGUACUUGUCGGAUAUACAGGCCUCCCAGAAGCCACCAUUGUAGCGUUUGUGAUGAUUGUGUUACGCGAUUCGAUCAUCAUUGUGCUGUACUUGGCACGUGUGUCGGUCUGGGUAACUAUCGCUACUUCUUGUGUUUGAUCGUUACACUAGGUUUAUCAAGCCUGAUAGCACUAGCUCUCUGCAUAGCCCAUAUAGUGACUGCGGCCGAGUGUUCUGGACAGAAGGUAGGCUACUUCAUAUUGGACCAUCUAGAUGACUUCCUCGUGGCCAUAUUCUGUGUUAUGCUAGUCUUUGGAUUUGCUAUGUUGAAUAUGUAUCACCUGUACAUCACAGCGCAUAAUCUCUCGACCAACGAGCACUUGAAGCGAUACUAUAGGAUGAACCCCUUCGACCAUGGCACGAAGGAUAACUACUCCAAUAUCUGUUGCACUCCUGACAAGCUCCUGCCAACUGCAGCAGGUGGGAUGAAUAUAUUUGCUAGUUACCGCCAAAUUGGUACCCCGAAUUCGGACUGUCUGUCGGAACUGUAUGAUUGAAGGAGAAAAUAUUCAUCAUAUACUUGCUACUAUGGU